UGGAUUUUCUCAUCGUCACUUCACUCUCGAAUCUCGAAGAAGUUGCUGGUCCAGUAUCAAAUCCGUAAAGGAUGAAGACUGUGUUAAUUUUGGUGGCUGUGUUGGCUACCACCCUCGCUUAUCCUGCUUAUCCUAGCAACCCUGACGAUGAUGGACUACAAGUUUUGGAUGUUGCGCAACUUCCGCUAUCGAGGAAUACUAGAGAGGCAAAUCCAGAGCCACGUCAUUUUGGUCAUUUUGGUCAUUUCGGUCAUUUUGGAGGUGGAUUUGGAGGUGGAAUCGGCGGAUUGGGCUAUCGUCCUUAUGGUUAUGGGGGCGGAAGCUCCGCUCAUGCUGGCGCUAUUAGCUCCCCAUUUGGUAGCGCAUCUUUCGCGAGCGCGAAGGCUGGGGGUUUCGGAUUUGGGAGAUGAACUCUUCCUUUUGAAGACUAACAUUGGACAACGACCUAGCCUGUACUGCUCAAUCUUCUGAUACUUCCUUGUUUGUUUAAGUAUUUUGUAAAAUAAAAUUUUGUAUAUUAAACUCGAUUAGACUCUCUUCUUUUAAUAGACAUGAAACUAUACCAAACAUGGA